GACGGUGCCGGUCGCCUCAGUAUGCCGCGCAGCGCGCAGGCUCGCGUACGCGUAUUGUUUCUCUCUGUUCUCGUCUCCCUCGCUCUCCUUUCUUUCCUUACUUUCCCUCUCUCUCUCUCCCUCUUGUUGUCUCGUAUGCACGCAGCGCGGCUAGAAUACGCAAGUACAAAACAUCUCGCGGGUCACUGUUUUUGCGUUUACGUGUCGUCGUUCCGUUAAGGUUUUUUUUUCUGCUUCGUUGGUCACGCGCGCGAGGAGAACCCAACGAAAUUCAGGUUCUUCGUAUACAUAUCGUAACACGUUAGACGUGUACAACGCGACGAAAUUUCUUCGAGAACCAGUUAUCGACGCGUGUGCGUGCAUAUACGAGGCCAGUAUACGUCGUGACACAGUGACACGGUGCGUAAGGUUCGUAAGGUUCGUAGUGAAGGAGAGUGUGGCUCGCAGCGAAAAGCAUCGCGAAAGAGCGGGAAACUCCGAUAUACUCGACGGAUUUUCAAAUCGUAUGACACAUCGGAGAUAGGGGCGAAGCAUGGUUGGACACUGGAGAAGACUCGACGCGGAUAAGAUGGUCUGGCAAGACGUAGCCAGUGCUGGAACGGUUACGAAACGCGGUAGAAGGAGACGUGGCACGAAAUGAAGCGAGUUUAUCCUCGUACGAUCGAUAACUAUAGCACCACGGUGAAUAUCAAGCGGUUCGUAUAUCCAGCGUGCACGAACCUAACCUAGCGAACUACCUGUUCUUUCGAGCCUUGUACUUUCGUAAACACGAUCGAAGAAAUUGUCUAAUAAUUUCUGGCUCGUCGGGAAGGUGUUGACGCGAAGUUAACAUUCCACAGACGAAGACACAGCGUAGGAGUAUCAAGAGAAUGUCAGAAUGAAAAGCUUCGAGUUAUUCAGGAAGUAAUUUUCCUCGCGCGCCAUCUUGAUCCGUCGAUAAAUAGCGAUGACAGGUGGUGGACGCGAUUGUUGAUCGACGACCGCGCGCGAUUCGAUCGCUCAUGAUCGAACGCUCGAUACAUCUUGGUGCGUGCGCGCGUACAACGGUCGCGAGUAAUCCCCGGAAGAUUUCUUCCACGAGGGACGCCUACUUACGAGGAGACAGAAAAUUACGAGAGGCGAGUGAAACAGCGAAGAGAAGAGAGAAUCCGAGGCGCUUUUAUUUUUAGCCAACGCCGGUUCGCGCAUCGCAAAAACCGGUUUCCAAGUCUCUGCUCGAGCUCGGGCCACGAGGUAGUAAGGUGCGUAUAUACGCGAGAAGGGUUUUAGCUGAAAAGGGAGAAAGCGAGAGGGAGAGACACGCGAUAUGAAGGUGGAGCAUGCUUCUUUCUCUGUCGGCGGGUAAAGAAAGAAAGAGUGACACGGAACGUGGAAUUCUCCUAAGCCGAUACAUACCUCUCCCUACUCCUCUUCUUUAUUCUCCCACCUCGAACUAUCGAUUGCGUGUAUGCACGCCUGCACGCGCCUAUCCAUACUCGACGUGUUACGUGACAUCGUAUCGGGAGUGUAUGAUAUUCGAUUAUCGAUUUCUCGAAUCGAUUUUAUUAAACGAGUGUAACAAGUCGGUGUGCAUAAAGAAGAGAAUGUGAAUCGAACGAACGGAAGAAUUAAAAAAUAACGAAAGAAAGAAGAAAAGUAAAAGAAGGAAGUGUUUGUAUUGGAUUGUUGCGUGGCAUACGAGAUCGGCGAAGACACGAAAACGGCAUGAAGAAUGGCAACCGAUUCGAGCAGCCGUCAAGGUGUAAGGGCGGUCGCCACAACGACAACCGAUCCGCAACGAAGCGAAAAGCGCGCCGUCGUGGCGCGAGGCGCCGCCGGUGCUCUGGCCCUCAGUAUUCUGGCCUUGGUCCUCCAAUCGGUGACCACCGCGACCCCCACAUGGGGAUACUUCACCAAUCCUGACGCUGGAUCGGCAGCCGAGAAAGGAUACUUUGGUCUUUGGAGGCAAUGCAAGCUUUUACUGUACGGUAGAGAAAGAUGCGGCCAAGGGGUUUCCAGAUUCCAGCCAGUGUUGGCUGUGUGGGUGGCAGGAUUAGCCGCUGCGACCGCCUCUGCCCUUUUGGCGAUCCUGGUCGGUCUUGCCGUGCUACAACUGGCGAUGGCUUCCUCGGCGAAACGAGUUAUUAUUUCGUACAGCACUGCUCUGAUAGGGAAAGUGGCUCUUGCCACAUUGGCCACUUCCUUGGCAAUCGUAGCAGCGAGUCUGUUUGCCCUACAAACCGAUGACAGAGCUAGCAGCUUCGUUAUCACGAGGGGAGAAGCGUUUUAUAUGCAGUUGGCUGCAAUCGCUUUGAACUUUAGUGUGCUGGUCACCGCGGUAUAUGAAGGUAUUUAUGCUCGACGAGGCGGUGAUCCGACGAAGAUUAGGGUUGUCGGUGAUCCUCGUGCAGCUACCAUAAAUAAUCCUGGCUACCGGGAACAUCAACCCACGAAUGGCGGCAGCAUCUCGAUGACCGACGCUAGUGGCAAGCCCUACGUAGGCGGAGCCGGAAACGGUUCGAUGGCGUCGGUAGCAACUUCCGGAAGUGUGACAAGCACGGCUUCGCCGCUUCGAAGCUCGUUGAAGAAGCCAAAGCCGCUCGGUAUCCACAAUCCCGGUUUCUCGGCGCACAGUCCCACUCUAUCGAGGAACGGCUCGCAGAAAAAAGUGCGAAUUCAGACGCACUCUACCGAGGUUUAAACAACUUCCGCGAAGACGAAAGCGUCUUGAUGAUAUUUGUUCUCGCGCGCGAGUUUACUCGCGGCCGAUUUCGUCGAAGAGGCAUUCCGAUGCGAAACGAAAGUUCAACGACGAGCGAAGCAAGGCGACGAAGCUCGACCAAGUUCUUUAUCGCGAAAGCGGAGAAACAGUCCGCUAAUUCUUUCUGGUAUCGACUUUAUUUAGGCACUGGUAAAAAUCGAUGAAGUCUUUGUUGCUUUAUCGGGUCUUUCAGAACUUUCCUACGCGUGAAGAUAAUAUUGUAACCCUCUAUAGCGAAAAUGUCGAUUUGUUUAUGGAAGAGCAAUUGUAACAGAGUAAUUGUUCGAUGUAUAGAUGUUUCAUCGAAUUUGUAUACUUUUCAAGGCAACUGAGAAAGCAGAAUUUACAUUUGAUUUACGCGCUAGAUAUUAUCGUAACAAGUAACUCUACUAUAAUUAUCGUAUACAGUGGUGUUAUGUUCCGUUUAUUCUGUACAUUUAAAUUUCGCGUAGAUGAAUAAUCGCGCGCAGUCUACGACGAUAAUUAGAAUUUAUUAGAAAUUAUACAGCGACGAAAUGUAAAUUAAUAUGUACAUAUGUAAUUUUCAACCGUGAUAAUAUAGAGGGUCGAUAGAUUUUUCUCUUUACAUAAGGAAGGACAAAUAAGAAGCACGAGGUACCUUUGAAACGCGGAUGUCCUCGAUAAUUGCUCGGUCGGUUGGUUUCGUUACUCGAGAACUUCCGACGAUGCGACGCUCUAUCGAGGUGAAUCGGAAGGACUUUCUCGCAAUCUUGGACUGUAAAGUUGCAACUGAAAGACCCAGAUAGCGUUAUCGCGUGAUCGAAGGGCGACCGUGAGCACCGUGAGGAAAUAAACUCCGUCGAAAGUGAUCGAGGGAAUCGCGGAGGGAAAUUGCUUCGACUACGAUCUUUAAUGGCGUUGCUACGUCUUCGAGAACAUUGUAACCUUCGGCUCAAGGCGCCAAGCGUCUGACGUCGACCGAUAUUUACGGUAGACGCGACGAUACCCAUUCAAAGGUGGAGCUUAUGAUCCACCCCCGCGAGGAUUUCGUCGUCGAUUUACUCGAUAAGAAAGUUUCAACGAUCCUCUGAGACUUCCGGUUCUCGUUCGUUUUCCUCUUUCUUCGAGUCACGCUCGUUAAGCCGCGAAAGUCGUAAUUUAUCGAAGAGUAUUUUACUUCUCUCUUUGUAUUUUAUUUCUUUCGAAACUGAUGUUAAAUCGAAAGAUGUAAGGCGUUUGAAGACGUCCGCGUUUCGAGAAGGAGCGAUCAGGCGAGGAUCGAGAGAAUCGGCCAGUCGCGUUCGCUGAGAUUACGAUUUAAGUUCCCGGCGGUUCCAACCGCGAACAACCAGAAAUUAACCUUUUGCGGUCUGGUUGCUUCGCGCAGUAAGCUGUCUCGUGGUCCGGCCACGUUUCAGAAACGUAUCGAUUACUUGCACGAGCAAAUUUUUCCCAAGUACUGUGCGAAGCAGAUGUCGGAUAAAAAUAUCGCUCCGUUCCUUCUCCGUUUUGAGAAUAUUUCGAACGUUUCAAACGUAAGUCGAGCGUAUACGUAUUCGAGCGGUGUGUAAAAAUUCUCAACUAUCUACUUCUUCGUUAAAAUGUCUUUUUUUUUUUUAGCAUCUUUCCAUUUUUCAAGGUACAUCGAAACAUUUCAAGUAUGCCACGUUCUUUAAUUAAAGUUAUUUCGUUGGUUAAGUUAUUAAACGUAAAGUUAUUAAAGUUAUACGGUCUGUUGUAAGAUAACGAGUACGUAGCUGAAAUUUGUUAAAGAAAGGCAAAAGCAGGACAAUGAAAAUGGUAAAACUUCAGUUAUCUCGGAUAUUUCAAAAUGUUAGAUAGGACGAUUUAGUUAAAAGGAGCAGUUCGAUUAAAACCACUAAUUUUCUUCGCCGAUUUAAUCGAAUAAAAAUCUCAAAAUCCACGGACGUCGGUUUAAGUUUUCGUGUAACAUCGAAACUUUCAGCUGUCCGAUAAAUAUUCCGGGAUCACGAUAUCGUCCCACAUCGUGUCCAGUACACGCGUUUGUCCAUCCGUGAAUGGUUAAUAGAAUUUGAUCGGAUCGAUCGAUAAACCGUAUCAAACACUUGUAAUUGUUUGAUCGAGAUUGGCGCGUCGCUAAAUGACAAGCACAACGUCGAAGCGAAAAUCAAGUGGCUCAACCAUGACCGAUAUCCGGGAUACGCGCGGUAUUUGGCGAAGAGAUUUAAUUAUGCGUUUACAGAUAGAACUUAAUUAAAUCUAGCAACGAGUCAUUGAUACGAAACGAAUCGUCGAUCGUGAUUUAAAAAACGGAAGAACGAUAAUAAUUUUUGAUACUAUCGUCGUUCGAUACGAACGUCACGGUUGGAACAGCAAUAAUGCUAUGGGUAUUACGUUGUAAAGCGAUGGUAAGGAGAGAAUUAAAGCCGAUCGUUAACUAUCGCGUUUUAAGCGUGAAAUAGCCAGAUCGAAACUAAGCCCAGGAUAUGGCGUACGAUGAAAGUAUAGGAUUAAAUUCGCGAAUCGACUGACCCGUUAUUACUGAAACGCACCGAUCUGUUACGUUUCUUCGAGCAUUCUUUAUCUAAGUAUUUACCGUAUGGAUAUGGGACGCUUAACGAAAUUAAUUUCAUCGUUCGUAAGUUCGACGUAGUCUAUUCAAUUCGCGCGUCUAAAGGAAAUCCCAUACGUACAAUUUUUCCUUUGCGUAUCCGACAGGAAUAAGGUGCAAGAGUUUCUUGCAUCGAAUAUUUUACUCGAACAAUCGUAUCUCUCGCAAUCGAGAGAAGCGGCACGAGGAACGAGAGAGAACUCGCUGUAUUCGCUAGAUUUGGAAAAAAGAGAGGAGGAAAUGGUCAAAUGGCGCGUUCCAGUAAUAACACGUAGUCGUCCGUCUUGGAAGUCGCAGGAUACGUGAUAUGUUUUUCUACCUUUUUCCCUCUUUUUCUUCUCCCUCUCCUUUCUCUCCCUACGUUUCCCCUUUUUUCGUUUUUUAAUCCAACACCUUUCUCUUUUUCCUGUACGCUCCUUGUUCGUCGCAUCGUAGUUUCAACUCGGCGUUUCUUCGUUCGAGGAACGAAGUAUAAAUAAAAUACUUAUUGCGUCGCAUCCGUCCAGCCCUACGUAGGCAGCUAGCCGUAAAACGGCAAGAAUUACAAAUAUAAAUAUAUAAAUAUAUUUAUAUUUUUUAGCGAUUGUUUUAAUAUAUAUAUAUAUAAAUAUGCAGAAGAAAUUUAUAUAUAAAUAUAAAUAUGAAUAUAUAUAUAAAUAUAUUGUACGUUGCGCAGUGUACUCGAUUGUUUCUGCUCGUGUCAUUGGUCUCGAACAGGAGAACACGUUUUACUCGUUAGAAAUUAUUAUUAUUAUUAUUAUUAUUAUUAUUAUUAAUAUUAUUUUUUAUUACCGUUACCGUUGGUAUCGUGACAUUGUUUCUCUUUUUGUUUAAAAGAAGUCGUUAUCGUGCUUCUUUCGCCGAUGAUUCUGGACCUAUUUAUGAUUCGUAUGGAAAGUCGACAGGCGAGUCUUUACUUGUAUAUCUUUUUCUUUGUAAUUCGUUUUCUUCCCCCUUUCCUUUUACGUGUAGAACUGUGUGUGGAUAGUUGUUGACGCUUAUUUAUUUAUAUCGAAUGAAAUUCGAUCGAAAUUAAUUUUCCGAUCAUUCCUAUAUGAAUUUUGCGAGUUAUUUUUCUGCUCCCUCCCUUUUUUUUUGUUUGAAAGAUUAUUUUAUUAUGCUAUUGGUAAAUUAUGAGUUUAAUCGUACUAUGGUUAAACAGUACUUUUUUCUUAGUACCUUUCUUCGAGGUAAUUCCUUUUUAACGUUCGCAUUUCCGGUAGAGAGUAAUUACGUCGAUGUUAUGUCGAGUGAAAUAUUUAACGAUGCAUCUACGCUGAUUUUUAUCGUUGAUAUGAUUUGUCGAAACGAAUCACACGAGCCGAGCGUGUUUAUAGGACCAACGCAAGAAUUAUUUCGACAUCCGAGCGAAUUAAACGAUAAAAAGAAGCUCUGCCUUACCGAAUCUAGAAUUUCUCGAUCUUACGUAUCUUUCAGUGGUAUAUAUCCUUAAAUGAUUGACGUUAUAGUCAUAAAAAAGUAUUAAUUCGUAGAAAUUCGUGUUCGAUGUUGAGGUUUCAAAAAAGUGAGAAGCAUUAUCGUCUGAUAAAUCGUCAAAGUUGUUAAAAAAUAAAAGCGCAAGAAACGAAUAAAAUUGCGUAAAAGAAAAGUUAAAGAAUAAAAAUUAAUAAAAAAAAAAAAAGAUAUUGUUUCUCUGGAUUUCGAAAAAGCGCUUGUGUGAUUCUAACUAUACCUUUCAAAAACGUAAUAAGAGAACACAGAGUGAGAUGGAAACGCAGUUACGCGCGCGUAACAAACGUAAUUAGAAUUGUAAAAAAAUCCGUGUUUUCACUUUUUGCACAUUUUGCUACCCAUUAAAGCGAGAACGAUCGCCUCGUAUCGCGAAGUUUGUGCGUCUCGAUGAAUUUUCUAACGACCGGUAUGAUGCUGUUUGAAUCGUGCGAGGAUUGUAUGCGAGGAAAUCGAUAAUAAAGGAAUUUCUAUGAUUCACGAUUA